AUGGUCGUCGCCAUCAUCUUGAGCUUUCUAUCCGCUCUCUAUCAGCCAGUUAUGGGCUGGUUCCUUCCUACCAGGACCCCCUCUAGUCCCCCGGAAGAUCAACCCCCAGAAUAUCAACCCCCCAAAGAUCAAGCAUUGUGCGACCUGCGCACCGCGAAUGCAAAUUCGACAAACCUUAUCCAAUCGACGGUUACGGAACGAGUUGUCUUCAACCGCAGAGGAUGCAUGGUCUACGGCUACCCAUCCACUGGCGGAGUUCUGAUCAAGGACGAUCCGACUCUUGCCGAGUUGCGUUUCCUAUCGGUCCUACUCUUCUACCCCUCAGAGCGCUCGCCCAGUGCCGAAGAAGAAGACGAAUUCUGCAAUCUCAUGCAACGUAUUGGGGCGAAGCUUUGGCCGAGCCACGAGGCAUGGUUCACCUCAUUAAUAACGCCACUGCAAGAGUCGACACCGGGAGACAAAAAAGUUGUGUAUUAUGGCUGGCCGAUAGAUGGAGUGGGUGUGUGGGUCUUGAGAUAUGACAGUCCGUUAUAUCGGCCCAGAGAUUUCGGAAGAAUGAGUUUUGCGAUGACUAUGGAUGAAAGGGUUGAGAUUCUGAAAGAGUAUGGCGCUACCUUCUAUGAAGAUCCGACACAAGUAGAGGAACUUCGCGGCGUCAAAUUUUAA